AGGUUUCCUGGUUCUCAACCUGUUAGCUUUGAAACCAAGCAUUUAAUCGACCUUCAACGAGAGGAUUACUUUGUAUGUGAGAAGAGCGAUGGUGUACGAUAUCUGAUGUUUGCCACACAAACACCAAAAGGGCCCGCAACAUUUUUGGUACGUGUAUCGAACAAAACGUUACGAUUCUUAAUAUUUGAUUUGAUGGUGGUCAAUACGCAAUCUGUUACGCAAAGAGCAUUUAGUACGCGCUUAGGGAUGUUACAACAAGAAGUGAUACAGCCGCUUCACAACUCACUCAAAAAAGGUGCACCAUUCAAGGUGGAGUUGAAAAAGAUGGAACGGUCUUAUGGAUUGGCACUAGUAUUUGAUCAAAUGACUCGCCUCAAACACGCAAGCGAUGGUGUUAUAUUUACGCCUGUUAAAUUACCUUACACCACUGGCACCUGUGAAAAACUGCUCAAAUGGAAACCGGCGGAAUUGAAUACCGUUGACUUUCGGAUAGCAGUGAAAUGGAGCAAAGAGCAUAAGCCGAUAUAUUCUUUGGAAGUUGUAGCACAGGGAAAAAAUUACAAGCCUUAUGAUCAUUUACAAUUGGAAACGGAAACAGCACUUGAAUGGAAGAAGAGCGUUCCAGACGGUAAAAUUGGAGAGUUUCGAUUUGUCAAGUUCCGAGACGAUAAAGAGUUAGCAAAUGACGAGCAAGUGGUGAAGAAGAUACUCAAAAGUAUUCAGGACGGUGUUACAAAGGAGCAAUUGCUUGCUCAUAUGGAAGACAUUCGAACUGCCUGGAAAGCGCGCGAGAAAGGU